CAUAUCUGACCAAUCUGACAUUUGCUGCCUUUGACAGUCUCAUUGACAUCAACACCGUCGCUUUCCUUCAGUCCAUCAUUUUUUAGGUUUUAAGAUCGAAAUCACCACGUACUCAACAUGCAAUCCACCAUAUGGAACGCCGUCUCGCACUCCGUAAGGCCCAAGAACUUAUACAGAUACAAAAAUCUGUGGGAGACGCUGCCACAACGCCUUUAUUCAACGACACACGAUGCUGAACUCACGGUCAUUGGUUCAGGCCCCGGCGGCUACGUUGCGGCGAUCAAAGCCGCCCAAUUGGGAAUGAAGGUGGUGUGUGUAGAAAAAGACUCAACUUGUGGUGGAACAUGUUUGAAUGUGGGAUGCAUCCCAUCAAAAGCUCUGUUGAACAACUCACAUUACUAUCACAUGGCCCAUUCAGGAGAUUUGGCUAAGAGAGGAAUUGAAUCCGACAACAUUCGUUUAAACCUUCAAAGUUUGAUGGGCCAAAAAGAGGCCGCAGUGAAAGCUUUAACUGGCGGAAUCGUGCAGUUGUUCAAGAAGAACAAGGUGACCCUCGUCAACGGCCACGGCAAAAUUACCGGCAAAAACCAAGUAACAGCCAUGAAACCAGAUGGCUCGUCUGAAGUAAUCAACACCAAAAACAUCCUUAUUGCCACCGGAUCGGAAGUCACACCUUUCCCAGGAAUCACUAUCGACGAGGAGCAAAUCGUUUCUUCCACUGGAGCCCUGUCACUUAAAGAAGUGCCGAAGAGGUUUAUCGUCAUCGGUGCCGGUGUAAUCGGUUUGGAACUGGGUUCGGUUUGGUCGAGAUUGGGCUCGGAAGUGACCGCGAUCGAGUUCUUGCCCAGCAUCGGUGGAGCAGGCAUCGACCAGGAAGUUGCCAAGACUUUGCAAAAAGUCCUCACCAAACAGGGUCUCAGCUUCAAACUCAACACCAAAGUAAUGAGCGCCGAGAAGAGCGGAGGUGUCAUCAAAGUACAAGUGCAAGAUGCCAAAGACUCCAGCAAAAACGAAACGUUGGAGUGCGAAGUUUUGUUGGUGUCAGUGGGCAGGAGACCAUACACUGAGAACUUGGGGUUGGAAGAGUUGGGCAUUGAAAAGGACCAGAAGGGAAGAAUUCCAGUGAAUGCAGUAUUCCAAACAGUUAUUCCUAACAUUUAUGCCAUUGGUGAUUGCAUCCACGGUCCCAUGUUGGCGCACAAAGCUGAAGACGAAGGUAUUAUCUGCGUGGAAGGAAUGAAGGGUGGCCCAGUGCACAUCGACUACAACUGCGUGCCCUCCGUUAUCUACACACAUCCGGAAGUCGGCUGGGUUGGCAGGACCGAAGAGGAUCUGCAGAAGGAAGGAAUCCCCUACAAAGUCGGCAAAUUCCCAUUCUUGGCCAACUCCAGGGCGAAGACCAACAACGAGACAGACGGUUUCGUUAAAGUACUGGCCUGCAAGAACACCGACCGCAUCCUUGGUACACACAUUAUUGGACCAGCCGCCGGUGAAUUGAUUAACGAAGCUGUGCUGGCUCAGGAAUACGGUGCGGCCGCCGAAGACGUAGCGAGAGUGUGCCAUGCCCAUCCAACAUGUGCGGAAGCUCUGAGAGAAGCGAACGUGUCCGCCUACUUCGGCAAACCAAUCAACUUCUAAGACAGUCACGAUGGAUGCAAAAAGAUAUUUCCCAUGUUAUGCCUGUGUUCAAUCGAACUGGUAUUUAUUUAUUAAUGUAAGAUUCAAAUGUAAUGGAUAAGUUCUAAUAACUGUCCGAUUGCGUCGAGUACAUGUACUGCUAAGGCAAAAAUAUAAAAAACACUUAGGUAUAUGGUUAUUUUUUAAUGUCGAUAUUAUUUAUUUUGUAUCAUCGAACCGUUUUAAUAUUCCUUAUUUGAAAUAAGGUCGCAAUAAUUUUCCUUUAUUGAUAAGUAUAAACACAUAUGGUUAAUAAAUAUUUGUUCACCAUA